UCGCGGCGGCGGCGGGGGGCGGCGGUGGGGAGCGCGCUCCGGUCCCUGGGGCGCUAGAGCCCGACGCGGCGGCGACCCCAGCGAUCCCGAACCCAGCAUCUCUGACCCACUCGCUGGCUGCCGGCUGCUCACCACGGCUCUGUCCCCUGUCCUUCGGCGAAGGAGUUGAGUUUGACCCCUUACCACCCAAGGAAAUAAAGUACACCUCCUCAGUCAAGUACGACUCUGAGCGGCACUUCAUCGAUGACGUGCAGAUGCCCCUGGGGCUGGCGGUGGCUUCCUGCAGCCAGACAGUCACCUGUAUCCCCAAUUGCACUUGGCGAAACUAUAAGGCUGAGGUGCGCUUCGAGCCCCGCCACAAGGCCGCACGCUUCCUCAGCACCACCAUCAUCUACCCCAAGUACCCCAAGACCGUCUACACCACCACUCUGGAUUACAACUGCCACAAGAAGCUGAGGAGGUUUCUGUCCAGUGUGGAGCUCGAGGCCACGGAGUUCCUGGGUAGCGACGGUCUCCCAGAUGAAUGCUGACUCAGUCUAGCUGCCUGAGGCUGGGCCAGCUGGUCAUCCACUGCCCUGGUCCCCAGACCACUCUGGACAAGUUGGGUAACAUUGCUGUUGCAUAUCAUCCCAGCCCAGAGGAGUCUGACCUAGAGAUACCUCUAAGCCUAGCCAGGGAAAGAAGAAAGAAAAAAAAAAUCACUGCAUCUUAUAAUAAUAGAGAAACUUGGCUUUGUUUAAAAUUUUUUCAGAUAGUUUUUUUUUUAAGGAGCAGAUAUAUGUAUGUCCUGGCUGGUUGAUGCAGUUUCCCCAAAGUCUCAAUUUGAUGAGAAAAUAAAGAUAGGCAGAACAAUGGCAUCAGGACCAGCUGAGGUGAGCUUGUCCUCCACUUUCUGACCAAGGAAGUGGGAAAGUCUCUGGAACAGAAAAAGUGGGUUUUAAGAAAUUUCAGCCAUGCAUAUCUUCAUUGCCGGAAAAAAAAAAAAAAAAAAAGAGUAAAGGAGCUACCUCCGGUGGACUGUGAUGCCCAGAUGUGCUCAAUCUGUGGAGACUCGUGUUCGGGACCAUUUUUCAUUUCUGCUUUAUUUGUUUUUCCUGCUAAUCCAAACUCUUAGUAUUAUCAAAAUCUUUUUUUCAUGAUAUUAGGGGAGAAAAACAGAAACCCCAGAAGGAGAUGCCUUUAAAACAUGAGCGCUCUGCCUGUUCCGCUGCCGUCGCUGGGUUGGGUAAACAGCUAGCCCUGUCUGGGGCACCGCAGCCGUCUGGUUCUCCAAGGUUGGUUCCAGGCGCAGGCUGUGGUGCAGCCCUGGCGUGCUUGGCAUCUGGUUAACAUCUCCUCAGGCUUGUGUAAUUCCGCUCAUAGGUAUUUUGGGGUUUUGAAAUACUUUCCCUUUUUUUUUUUUUUUUUUUUUUU